AAUUGCAACUUUUUUUCUCCUGAUAAUCUUGUGAUCUUCGUAUGCUGAGAAAUGGUGUGUAUCAAUUUGUCCAAUGAACUUGCACACGUACAUGCAUGUUGGCUCUGUGUCUGCAAAUCGGUGGUGCAAACGGAAGCACCUUUCUGCAUGCUGUCGAUCUCAUGAGCAGAGUUUGCCGUGCCGUCACUACUAUCGCUUAUUUCAAGCUGAACUAUUAGGUCCAUUGUCUAGAACAUAAAGCGCCGUAUUGCUCCCCUAAUCGCUUGUGCCACCGUGGUUGAGCGGGCCUGCUUUAGUUGCUAAUACUCAAAACGUUACCAAUCAUGACGAUUUCAGUCCUUCUACUCAUAGAGACGGUUCUGGCGUUGUGUGCCGCGAAAGCUGUAUACCAAGUAAUAUAUAACUUGUACCUUUCGCCACUCAAGCACUUCCCUGGGCCUAUACUAUAUAGAGCGACAAGCAUACCCUUCGAUAUUGAAUGGGUAAAUGGUCGCUCACACAUUGCACUCACUCGAUUGCAUGAUAAAUAUGGACCGAUCGUCCGCGUAAGACCCAACGAGCUGUCUUAUAUCGACGGCCGCGUUUGGAAAGAGGUUUACGGAUAUCGCUCGGGACACGAAGAGUGGUUUAAAGGUGAUGGCUUCAAAUACGUCAAUGGAACCCCAGGCAUCACUCUAGCGCCAAAAGAGGCUCAUCGCCGUUAUAGGCGCAGUCUGGCCCACGCCUUUUCCAACCAAGGUUUGAAAGAGCAGACUCCUCGGAUUCAGGGAUACGCCGACGAGCUGGUCGCCAUCCUCGAGAAAUAUAAGGACCUGGGUCCGGUAGACAUGGUCAAGUGGCUGAGCUGGACCACUACUGAUAUCAUUGGUGAUCUUGCAUUCGGCGAAUCGUUUGAUUGUCUCAAAUCCGAAAAAGAACAUCACUUUUUGGCCUUGACGUUCAAGGUUCUGCGUCCCGCAUUAGUUAUUGCUGUUCUCGAACGUUGGAAUCUCAUGAUCCUUGCCUUUUUCUUACUCCCAGGCGACACUAUCCCGGGAAUCAAAUCCAAUGCCCAAUAUAUUUGGGAGAAGUUGCAAAAGAGAUUAUCCUACGGCAAAGCCCGUGGAGAUUUCUUCGACUAUUUGUUAAAGCACGAUCUGGUCGUUGAUAGCGAGAAUGGGUUCAAGGAAAUGAAAGAAGGCCAAGAAGGUUUUACCAUUCAGGAGCUUGAAAGCAAUGCGCAAGACUUCGUUUUCGCAGGAUCGGAGACCACUGCAACGGUGCUCAGUGGUGCCAUCUACUUCCUGCUUCGCAACCCAAGGGCACUCGCAAGUGUCGCUCAGGAAGUGCGCACCCGAUUCAGUAGGAGUGAAGAUAUCACCGUCGCUUCCACCAAUGCGUUGGAUAUGCCUUACCUUGAUGCUGUGUGCCAUGAAACAAUGCGGAUAUACGACCCCGUACCUCUAUUUGCAGCUCGAGUUGCACCCAAGGGGGGAGACACCAUCAACGGCGCCUACGUUCCUGAAGGCACCAGAGUACAGUGUGCAAAGUAUGUUGCGAACAGGUCGGAGUACAACUUUGCCAAGCCACACGAUUUUGUUCCGGAGCGCUGGUUUCCCGUCGGUGAAGGGCGUCCCAAGACAUUUGAGAACGACAAUCGCCAUGGUGUGUUCCUGCCAUUUAGUUUUGGGUCGCGGAAUUGCCUAGGUAUCAACAUGGCCAAGGCUGAGAUGCAUCUUAUUCUAGCGAAACUGUUAUGGCAGUUUGACUUCAGUCGUCCAAACUUAAGCACCAAAGAAAAGGACGAAUGGGAUCUCUGGGUUGAGAGGCAGAAAGUGUGGUUUCUGUGGAUGAAGCCCCCUUUGAUGGUUGACGUCAAGAAGAGAAAGGAUGUUUCAGUUUGUAGGCAGGAAUACAAUAGAAGCAUUUAGUUUAGCUUAAGUCCAUUAGUAUGAGUUGGUGGAUCGAUGAUCGACUUUUAUUUGCAC